CCAGGAUUGGCUGUAGCUCUGGAUUGGUUAAUGCUUUUUGCCCUUCGAAUUUCAUCCUAGAGCUCAUACGUCACCAAAUCGGGAUGGUCGUGUCCCCCUCUCUUGGAUUUGCCUCCUCUCCUCCUCUCCUCCCUUCUCCUCUUCUCCCCUCCUCCCCUCUUCCUCUCUUCUCAUCGGAUCCCACUGACAUCGAGCUUCCCAAUUUCUGCCCUCUCCCAUUUCUUGCGGAAUCUCACAUAUCUCGGUACAGAGAACGUCGACCGACCUGACUUCUGGCUGACUAGUAGCUCUCCACCAGUCGUGGGUCUCGAAUGACGUGAGCUACUCGUCCUCAGCCUGCCAAAUAAAGCAAAGAACCCCUUGCACAGAACCAGCCUCUAGACUUCCAUCCAAGCUACAAAUUCAGACCCUUUCACACUUUCACAUACUUCACAGAUCUGCCAAAAUGCCUGCUGUUCUAAACCCGUUCACGAAGCGGGAAUCCUACCCCGCCCAAAGCGUGUUGACCUACAAGAUCUUGACGAUUAUCUCCUGGCUAGUUAUGGUCAUUCCCACCAUCUACUAUACUUUCAAUGCCCCGCACGAUGAUAAUAAGCAUUGGCGGGAUACAAUCUGGGGACAUAAUAUCUCAACUCCCUUCGCUAUGAAUAGCGUAAUCACAUCCAUUUACUGGAUUGUCCUCUUCAUCAUGCAAAUCGGCUACGUGUGGCAUCUUUUCUCGGGUAACCUUGAUUAUGUGACCGCUGCUGCGGGAGUCGGAAGUCAUUUCAUUCUCAGCAACCUAUUGCUAUUUGCAUUCGUAAUGCUCUUCGUUCGCGGCCAUUCCAUAUGGGGUGAGAUCAUCUUGAUCAUCAACUUCUUUAACCUCUCUUCUUUAUACUUCCGCCACACCACCCUCCCAAGCUUCAUCCAUAUCCCAGUAGUUUCUGGGCCACUCGCCUGGAAUUUCGUUGCUUUAUACUGGAACGGUGCGAUUGCGGUCAAUGCUACGGGGCUUGCAGCUCGAAUCCUGGCGAAUGUUGCUAUUUGGGCUAUAUUAGCCUAUGGGUUCUUCUUCUUGGUCACGUACAAGGACUAUACAAUGGGUUUCGCACUCAGUAUCUUGACUGCUUCCAUCGGCGUGAAACAGUUCUUCAUCAAGAUCAUUGCAUUCCAAUGGAUCUUUGCUUUCGUCAUCAUGGGCCUUCUAUUCCUCGCAACCCUGGCCAUUGCUGUGCCAGGACUUUUUGGAAAGGAGAUCAGCUUCAGGAGAGAAGGCCAAGUCGUCCCUACCGACCAAGAGAGAGCUCCUCUUUUGGACGAGCACUAAGUGCACAUCUUACCAAAGGUCACCGAUUAGUUCAAAAAUCUGAACACAGCAGUACUCCCGCAGAACAUAAAUGUGGCAUGGAAGGCGUUUUCUGGGAUAAUGAUUUUUGGGACAGCGGUUGGAGGUUGGAACUUGUUCUCCUUUGCUUCUCUUGAUGCAACUUCGCUCUGUUGUUUUGAAGGAUGGUUCAUUUACUUCUUCGAAUGUCCUCCGAAGUAUGAUGUGUCGAUCUAUUCCGGCUUGCUUCUUGAUGGCUCACCUAGGUAGUAAAUUAUAUGAUGCUCAUGAACAGAGAAUAAUGAAUUGCGUGUGCCGUCCG